AUGACACAAUUAAGGUAUUUGAUAUUGGUUUCUAGACAAGGAAAGAUUAGAUUAAAGAAAUGGUAUACUGCAAUGUCUGCUAGUGAAAAGGCCAAGAUAGUAAAAAAUCUGACACCUACGAUUCUAGCAAGGAAGCCUAAAAUGUGCAACAUCAUCGAAUACAGUGACCACAAAGUGGUAUAUAAGCGAUACGCCAGUCUUUUCUUCAUUGUGGGAGUGACGCCGGAUGUCGACAACGAACUGUUGACUUUGGAAGUCAUCCAUCGAUUUGUGGAAACAAUGGACACUUAUUUCGGCAACGUUUGCGAAUUGGAUAUAAUCUUCAAUUUCAAUAAAGUCUACGAUAUUUUGAAUGAGAUGGUUAUGUGCGAUGGAUCCAUCGCAGAGAGUAACAAGAAAGAGGUGCUGCACCAUGUGACUGUGAUGGACACUAUGGAGAGCAACGAUAACCUGGAAAGAGUGCUAAGUUAG